UCUGCCUCUCCGAGCUUCUUUGAGCUGUUCUGACAUAUGCGCUCUCCCUCUGCAUCUCUGCUGUUUUCUUUUCUUUCUCUUUCUGCCAAUCCCACACCUAUCCAUGUAGCCAUCUCUUUUUGGACAGGAAGAGGAGCAGUAGCAGGGAGCACCGGCAAAGAAGACUAACCACAAUAACAGGAAGAGGAAGUGGGCAGUGACCCGUGUGUGAGAGAGGACUGCAAUCGGACAGCUGUGGUUGAACAGUAUUCAUGAGAAAACCACAUCAGAGGCAACAGGAAGAAAGCGAGCAAGAAAGACUCAGAACCUGUUGGAUUCACACCUGGGGUAAAACCUCAACAACCUGAGGAGGGAGUCAAGGCGAUAAAGACAUUUUGGGGUAAAAACUCUUCUUUUGGAGUAAGUCAAGUUUUUACCUGCUUGAGUAAAACCUCCCAGAGGAAGAAACUUUUAAAAUUAGAGCUACAUCACAGCAAAUAGCUGCUGAGAUUCUUUGAGAGUGUCUCAAUUUGUUUUUGGAGAUCCAUCUUUGGCGUACCGUCUCAUUCAAGAGGGAUCGACAUAGUUUUCAUCAUUUCAGACUUUCCUAUCUGGCUGACAAUCCAGAAAAUGAUUUGUACUGGAAAAUCAAACUAAGGGCCAAAUCUCUUGUACAACUCCUGCUUCCUUUUUCUACAUUGGAAAAAAAAAGAUAACAAGCAGCACAAGUGAGGAUUGUAGAAUCAGUCGGUGGUUUCAGCCUCUGUUGAGCUCACCAAAACCUAAAGCAAAGACUACAAUUUGAGAGAGCAAGUGCACACCUGGAAAAAUUUGGAUCUGAUCUGACUAGAAGUUCUACUUAACCUUCUUUUUGUUUGAUGAUGGCGUGGCUCCAAGUGUGGAUGAAGGGUCUUAUGGCAUCUUUGGCAUUGUCCUACUUUGCUGUCAUUGCUCAAGACAAUCAGCUUCAAGGUGUGACAGCAGAAAGACAACACUCAGGUGACAUCGUGAAGAAAGAGUCCCAUCCGGUACUGCACAGACAGAAGAGAGCAUGGGUCUGGAACAAUCUUUAUGUGGAAGAAGAGAAACCUGCACCUAUCCCCUACAAGAUAGGACAACUUGAAUCAACCUUGACUGCGGGGGUAAAGAAGUUUGAAAUAGAUGGUGACGGAGCAAACACCAUCUUCACUGUGGAUCAAAAAGGGGACCUGUUUGUGACCAGAUCUUUGGAUAGGGAGAAGCAGGCCCGUUAUAAUUUGACUGCCAAGAUGUAUGAUGGGAACGGCAAGCUGAUUGAGAAUUCUGGAGACUUUGCCGUCCAUGUGACUGAUAUCAAUGACCACAGCCCUGUUUUCCCCAAACAGUACAAUGGAUCCAUUGUGGAAAGGUCUGAAAUAGGAACUAAAGUUGUUGAGGUGAUUGCAACUGAUGCAGAUGACCCCACCACCGCUAACGCAGAGCUGAAGUACACUUUGAUAGAUGGACACACCUUGUAUGAAAACGUUCCUGCCUUCGAAAUUGACUCCACAGGGAUGAUCAGCUGCAAGAUAAACACUCUGGACCGUGAAACCAAGAGCCAGUAUGUGGUGGUGGUUCAAGCUCAGGACAUGAGAGGAAUGAAAUCUGGCAGCACAGCAACCACCUCUGUAACCAUCACCAUCACUGACACCAACGACAAUGUAGCUUAUUUUACUGAUAGGACGUAUGAACUGCAUGUUCCAGAGAAUCGCAAGCUGAAUGAGAAGAUUGGCACUCUGAAGUUGGAGGACAGAGAUGAGAUUCAGAAUAAAGAGCCCUUGUUGACCAUUCAAAGUGACUACAAUAAAAUAUUCAACUUUGUACUCAGCCCUAACAAAGAUGGCAACCUCAUACUCAGACAGCCUUUGGACUAUGAGACCAGGAACACCUACACUUUUGAUGUCUAUGUCCGGGAAAACUUUAUGAAGCUGAGUUUUCCUGCAGACAACUUGAACAGUGCAAGCACCACUGCACAGGUAACCAUCAGAGUAUUGGAUGUAGACGAACCCCCGGUUUUCACCCUGCCCAUCUACAACUUUACUGUGGUAGAAGAACAGGUGGUGAACAAAAUAGGAAUCGUUACAGCAACAGAUCCUGACAAAAUCAAGAAAUCCAUACGGUACUCCAUCAUAGACGAGGAUUGUCCUAUCAGUAUCAACCCAUCAACAGGUCAGCUGUCCGCCCUGAGGAAGCUGGACAGAGAGCAGAAGGCAAAACACACAUUUGAAGUUGAAGCACAGGAGGAGCCAAGUGGUUUGUCAUCAAGAGUAAAAGUUAAUAUCAUUGUUGAUGACAUCAACGAUCACCCACCUGAACUGGAUGUGGGAGACAUCUUUGUAUGUGAGAAGGACAACACCAAUACAGUAAUAGGAAUUUUGAAAGCUGCAGAUAAAGACGACCAACGAGCCACCUUCACUUUUAAACUGGCCAGUCCGAGCUCCAACUUCUCCAUUAGAGACUACGGCAACAGCACGGCAGCCAUAGUAGUGAAACGAGGUCCAUUCAGCCUUGAGGACCCCAAUGAUUACAGCAUGGAUGUGCAUAUCAGUGAUGGAGAACUGAACAGUGUCACUAAACUGGCAAUCAAGUCAUGCCAGUGUGAUGCAAGGAGGACUCCCACACAUUGCAAAGCUGGUGCUCGGAGGAUGGGCGUCAGCGUUCAUGCCCUGAUAGCCAUACUGCUUUGCAUACUUACCAUACUAGUCAUAGUGAUUCUAUUUGUGAUGAGGAAACGCUACCAGAAAGAUUCUCUUGCCAGCAUGAAGAACAGCGGAGAGAUUCACGAGCAGCUGGUCACAUACGAUGAGGAGGGAGGAGGCGAGAUGGACACUAAUGGCUACGACGUCUCAAUCCUCACUUCUGCUUGCAAUGACGGCUCCCUGCUGCGCCACCCAGAUCACCACCCGCACCCCUCCCUGUACGCCAUGGUCCAGAAACCCCACCACCACACUCAGCCCACCGCAUGCAAAGGUGACAUGGCUGCCAUGAUCGAGGUGAAAAAAGAUGAAGCUGAUCACGACAGAGACGGAUUCCCAUACGACACUCUUCACAUCUAUGGCUACGAAGGACCUGAGUCUUUAGCUGGAAGUCUGAGCUCUCUGGAAAGUUCUUCCACCGGUUCGAACUUGGAUUACGACUUCCUCAAUGAGUGGGGGCCGAGGUUCAGGGCCCUGGCUGAGCUGUAUGGUGUAGAUGGAUCUGACUACUACAAUCACUACUGAUAGUACAUCCAUGAUGCCAAAAUUAACACAUGCUAAAUGUAAACGGUGUGGAUCAGUGGUCAAAAAGAGCCAUAAAAACACACUGACUAAAAGCAUGCAUGAAAUAUACAUAUUCAUACACACAGUAGACCCAGACAGCCGUGUUUUUCAGAGACUUCUUCAGCUCCUCAAAACACAAUCAAGGGGCUUUUUUUUCUAGCACUGACAUCUAGUUUCUGUUAUCAUCCGUUAUUAGUGUGUUGUGCCUGUUGUCUGUUCACUUGCAGUCAGAUAAUAAGAGCUUCGACAAAAAUCCACGAAGCUCCCCUGAAUCAAGGAUUUCUUUCUCUCUUUUUUUUUUCUUUCUUUCUUUUUUUGUAAUGACAUGGUGUCCUUUUCUUAUUUCCAGUGAGGUGCUGGAAAGAUUUUUAAAGUAACACAAAGACACGACGCCAUAGGAUGAAGUGAGAACCAACUGCCUCACACAUUAAGUCUGAUUCUUGGUGACAAUGUGAGAACAGUAUCGCGAGGAUGGAUUUUAUUCUUCUGCAACCUUGUGAGUUGUACAGCAUAACUCUUUUACUUUACCUGCAAUGAGUCAUCAGUACGCAUGCAGUUGACUAUUAGACUCUUGUUUUAAUGUUAGACAAAUCAGACAAAGCUUUGAAUGUUGUCAGUUAUUAUAUAUUACAGACGCAAGAUCAUUUAAUCAUUGUGACUCUUACUAGACUUAAAUUUUGUGUACUUAAGUUCAACUAGGAUUGGAAAAUGCAGCACAUUAUUCUUUUUCCUCUUUUCUUUAUUCUCAUUUAUUUUGUUAAGGGCCUGGGAUCUCUUUCUUACCUUGAUUCUUCUUUUUUGUUUUCUUUUUAAGAAAAGGUCCGCUAAAAUGGCAAAACAAGAUGAUUUAAUUUCACAUGUGAAGUUGAAUAAGUGACGUAAAGCUACAGGAAUUUGAGGUGUUUAAUCACAGCAUUUUCUUCAUCUGGAUAUAAGAGAAGACCAGAAAGUUUAGCUUUGUAAACUUAACAGUGUACAUUCACUGAGAGCAAAAUACUAAUAAUACUAACUACUAGUACUAAUUGUAUUUUUAAAAUGUAAAAACCUGAAAAGAAAUGCACCUUCUUUGUUUUCCUGAAACCAGCCAUCUGCAGAGGAGCCAUUUUCCUUGUGAGUCAUUUCGUCCAUUUUCCCAGUUAUCCUCUGCUCUGAGGAGACAAUAGAAAGAAAGGAAAUGGCUUUACUGCAGCUGAGACAGAAUUAUAGUGCAGUCCCAGGUUUUAUUUGACAGAACCCAUCAUCACAGUUAUUGUUGUGAUGAAAGCCAAAUCCUCAGUGGCCCACUCGAACAAAAGUAAUUCAGACAAAUCAGGAAGCUCACAGUUGCAAAAGCAGCUAGUUGGGCUGCCACAGUGGCUCUGAUCUGAACUGAAUAACUUUAACCUCUCAUCCUUUCUGGCUUCUGUCCGGUCAUAACACCUCUGAUCACAAAUAUCCAAAACUUUUGGCUAUUUUAAAAUAUUUACCUGGCAUAGUGGUGUAAAAUAACAGAAGCUCACAAAAUGAGGUGUUUGUUUUUCUCUACUAGUGUGAGAACUUGUUCUUUGAAGGUUUUUCUUCUGGUUUUCAGGAUUUUUCUUUUCUUUUUUUUACCUUUCAUAUAAAAUUUGACAGGCUUUUGUGAUAUAAAAGGGACAAUCAUGACUAUUUAAGACCGUAAACUCCUUAAAACUGAUUUGAGUGUUGUGCAAACUCAUAAUUCAGUCUGUACAAACCAUAGCAUUCAGUUCUUCAGGAUUGAAGUGAAGCAAUUUAUAUUCAAUGGUCACAAUUUUAAGCUGAGUUCAAAGUCAGAAAAUUAACAUGUUUCUGUUUAUAUCUGUAUUUUUAAAGGAGCUGCUAUGCUACUCUUUGAGUAUGCAUUAGGCUACACUUUCAAGACUAAAAUAAUUCAUGUAAACUGGAAAAGAUGGAAAAUUAAUCUUAAAAGCAAAGAAAAGCACAGUCUAAGUAAAUAUUUAAUACUUAAUGUGUCAUAACAUAAGACAACUCAAAACAGAUCAGUGCAAAGGAUUUCUGCUCUACUUACACUUUUAUUAAAUGUUCCUGCUUUAUCAAUAAUUGGUAAAUAUUUCUCCGGAUUUUACCACUCAAUGUGUCGCUGACAUGGAUUUUUUUUUUUUUUUAAACACAAAAUUAAAUUUAUGUUUUUGUGGAGAAUCUCUACAGAUUUGUUCACCAUGAACAGGUUUACUUCAUGUCAUUCAGCUUGUUGAUUUACCUGAAAAUAUAAACACACUCCAUGAACAUUUUCUUUACAUCAUGGAAAACACUAUCUGGCUAUAAAAUGGACAUGGACAGUUUUCAACUCAGUCUCAACCUAAAAUGUGUGAUACUUAUCUAAGUACACAGUGCAAAAUGAAGUAGUUUCUCAGUAAAAACUCAAAUAUCAUACAUAUUUGACGUUUUCUGGACUCUAAUAUCAUUGUAGACCUUUUGUAACAUGUAUACUUUUUGUAAUGUGUGAAAUGUUUACACAUUAGAAACGUAAAAAAAAAAACAACAAACAAACAAACAAACAAAAAAAAAAUAAACACAUGAAAAACAAAACCUACAUUUUCAAGGUUCCACAAAUAUUUCAUAUCUAUGUUUUUUAUUCAUUUUUUGGUCAUUUGCAUUAUCAUUUCUUUUCAACCCAAUAUUGUCAAAGGAUUUUUUAUUUGUCAAACUCAGUUUAAGAGGAGGUUGGUUGUCAAAACACAGCAAAGCAAAAGCAAAAGCAAACAUACAUGCAGUUUAGCUUAAAAAUGUGUGAACACCAAGUUGCAGGUUGGCAUGACAUUGAACAUUGCCUUACACAAAGAAAAACUUCCCUAUAUAUACAUAUAUAUAUAUAUAUAUAUAUAUAUAUCCUAAUUAGGAUUUUGUGCAACAGUUUUUAUGUUGUGUUUUUUAUUUUUUUGGUCUAUGUGCCAAUCCUUCAUAAAUUCUUUCUUUUCUGUGUGUUGAAUGUUCUUUGCUGAUAUGCAGGCUGUUGCUCCUCAGUAGCUCUUAAAGUAAUCAGGAACAACUGUUCCCGGUGGACUGCCUGACCCCUGGCCUGGCCCUGCAGAGCACCUGGCCAAGAACAAUUAAUCACUCACUAACAUUUAAAUAAUAACAGCAGACCUUUUGGCUUAUUGUGUGAAUGAAUGCGCCUGUAAUAAAUGAUAGCUUGUGCACUUAAAAAACGUCCUUCAUGAAGGCCUGCACUAGUUAAAGUUCAUUAACAUAUAGCAUAUAAAUCAGAUUACAAAGUGUUGCCCAUUAAUUCUGUGCUUUGGACCCCUGCGAGGGUGCGGUCACACAGUACUGUGUCAUUAGGACAGUUUCUUUAUUUUUUAAACAUGAUGUAAUUCCAGUUUAUAACAUCUUCUGCUGUUUAUUUGGUUUUGUUUGGAUUCAAACUUGCUUCCUUAAAACAAGCUUGCUUGGAAUUUCAUUUGAUAAACGAUGACUACAAUAGCUGGAAGCCCUUUCACAGCUCUCUUCUUGGUUUCAUAUAUGUAUAAUUAGAAUCGUGGGAUUCUACUCCUCACUCUCAGUCUUACUCUCCUUGUUUGCUUCACCAUAUCUCCUCCAUGCUGUCCCUCUCUUUGUCCUUUAAUCAGCUAAACCAAACACUAGACUCAACUUCCUGUCCAUUUGGAACUGUGCCCGCCCCUUCUUGCAGUGUGUUAUCUCUCUGGUGAGCCAACACAUUGUGCUAACUUCCUGUUAGCUCAGCCUGGGAAAUAGCCUUGCUGGGGGUAGAGGGAGCAAGCCAAGGAGAAACACGGGAUGAGGUUGGAGGUUAGCAGGGGAGAAAGAUUAAGGGGAACAAGGUAGAGCAGUGAUGAGUUUCCCUGCUGAGCAGAAACAAAGCUUUCUUUGAUAAAAUGCUGAGGCACACAUGAAAGUGGUGUGAACUUCUUAAUAUUCUGGCAUCUCUAUAAAGCAAUAAGUAACUUUUCUAAACUGCCCCCUUGAUUAAAAUUAAUCAUGGAGGUCAUUUCCAAAUUCUAUUGCUGCAUUUAAAGAUCUAAAGAACUUAUCUUAAGCCUCUUUUAUUGUCAUCAUUGUUAGUUUUACUAAGUGAUUUACUGAUAAUUAUUUUCAAGUUAAAAUAAAAAUACUUGCUUUUCUGGCUGCCAGCUUUCUUUGGGUGAAAGAAAAAAAAUAAAACGGCCUUGAGAAGUAAGCUUCGAUUUAGCUCCAUUGUACAGUAGAAUAAACACUUUUUCCUCAUAUUUCAAACUCUUUGCCAGCUCAAGGCAUGCAUGAGCUGAUUUUUCUGGGUUCAUCAUUGUUUUCAUAACAGCAGCUAUUAUUGUUCCAGAAAUCCCAUAUGUGAAGAAGUGAAUAUUUCCAAACCAGCAGUAACAGAUAGCGAUGCUCUAUAAUCUAAUUUCCAACAGCAAUAAGUGGCUAGUACUUAAGGAAAGAAUUCUUACUCAUAUAACUUUUAUUUUUCCUGCUUUUAUGUUCUGAAAUUGUCCACAAGAGCAAGAGAAAUUAAUACAACAUAUCUGUUCAUUCAAAUCCCAAUGCUAGUAUUCAGAUGUCUAAUGUUCUCAAAAGAGUCAUUUUAUUUAUGUGUGCUGAUUUAAUUUGCUUUUCCAGAGAAACAAAAAUUUGUAAGAAAAAAAAACGUGGCUAAAUUUAGACAAUUUCUGUACUUUUAUAAAUAGGCUAUUUGAGCUCAUGAUGUCUAGGAUUGGCUAAACAAGGUCAAGCUAUUUGAGUAUUAAUCAUUUUGUGAGAUAAUUUAUCUCUUCUACAAAAUAAUUCAGCUUGGAUUCAACAGUUAAAAUAAAUCUCUCAGGGUGGGAUCCAGGCAAAAAAAAAAAAGUUGUUUGCAUUCAUGGCAAUCAGAAGGCCUCUAUUUAAUUCUGUAUUCUGUUUUAAAAUUUAAGUGAUCUGAUUGGUUUUUUCUGCAUACUUCAUGUUUGAUUAAGGGAUUGAAUUCUGAGUGAAAUGUAUGUGGGGGAAAAUGUGCCUAAUAUUGACUGUUCUGUUCCUUUUUCAUUUUUCUUUUUUAAUUACUGUAUUUAAAGGAUUUUAAACUUGACAUUCACUUUUUUAAUGCUGUAAAAGAUUAACAAAUCUUCAACAAAUGAAGGAAAACAGCAUUUGAUGAAUGAGUGAGUGUCUGAGUGAAUAUGUGAUGUUUUUUUUCCUUGUAUGUGUACUUGUGAAUGCUUGUGACUGUACCCGUGUACAUACACACAAAUGAGUGUCAAACCAAUAAGAAACAACAACACAUAAAGAUUUUUUUUCUUUGUAAAUACAAUAGGGGUCUACAAGUGAACAACAUGUGCCUUUAUUCUUAAAAAAAAGAAACUGUACUUCUUUUUUGUUAUUUUUUUUAUGUUGGAACACAAUGUUUUUCUAUAUUGUUUUUAUGGUGUAUAGCAGCUACUUUUUAUUACCUGACAUUUUUGUAAGUGUAGAAUCAAAAUAAACACUCAAAUAUC